ACGUGCACAAUACUUUUAGGCUCUAUAUAGAACCAUCAGUACAGUACCAAUAGCUAACAGUGCAGUAGAGUGGUGUGUGAUAAAGACAUGGCUCAGUUGUGGCUGACAGUUGUCAGUGUGAUGGUAAUGGUGUGUGCAGUAGGUGCACAAUACACAGGAUGCACUGAUGGAAGCGAGUAUAUCAUAUCCCUCAAUGAUACUAUCACACCACCUAAUCUAAUUAGGGCAUCAUCAUUCCUAGCUGGACCAUUUCGGGCUCCACCAAGAAACGUCCUCCACUUUGGCUACGAUACAGGGGGAAAUCUAUACACAUGGUGUACUCAUUCAGGGUUUACUAAUCUACUAGUAACUAUUAACUUCACUGUUCCGGUGGUAAUUACCAGAUUUCUCUCAAGCGGUUCUACUUACAUACCACUAAUGCUAACUGCCUACACAACCAACUUCACUGUUGAGUACACUCAGAGGAAUACAAAUGGAGACCUGAACUAUGUCUACUAUAAAACAGAAACAGACAGUAAAAUAAAGUACUUCACACAGAAUAGGUUUCUCAAACAGUUUCAACUCGAAAGCCCAAUUGUCACCGAGUCUCUACGAUUAAGACCUCUCGAAUGGUUUGAUUCUACCGCUAGCCCUAAUCAAUUUGACAUAGUUUGCAUCGGAGUUGCUCUAUUUGGUUGCACAACUACAGAAGCUACAGUUGAGCAAAUGGCCACAGCCCAGCCGGUUGUCUUGAGGGACUAUCAAGUGUUGGAGAUAGCUCUGCAUGCCUAUUGGAAUAAUCACUAUCAUAGUAGUCAUAACAACGGUGGCAAUAGGGGUGCUCCUGUGUGUCAUUAAGGGGCGGAGUCAGCACAAAUACGAGGUACCCCAGAACGUACCCCUCAGUCCCACCCCUCUACUACUGGACAACUCAGCUCUCUAUAGCACACCAAGUGAAACAAGGAGAGAUACCAUUAGGGCUGUUAACAAUGAGCUGUACGGAGAGGACUCCGGAACAAAUACCCAUACCGUUGCUAAUGACAACCUAGAGGUCAUCUAUUCUGAUUCAGGCUACGCGCAAGUCUCCACUAGGCAGUUACUUAGUAACGAUCGUCGUGAUAGCAUGGAUAACAAUAGUGCGUACGUCCCAGUUAUGUCAGGGGAGGGUGAAGGAGGUGCCUCAUAUGUACAGAGGGGGCAUGACUUCACCUUGGAGAGCAAUGAGAGCUAUGAAAUUGUUCAAGACCGGCAGCACACUGUGAAUAACUAUGAAGAAACUGCUCACUAACUGUAGAACAAACGUUUUGUUGGACAACACUUAUAGUGAGCGUGAUGUGUAUUAUUGAGCUGUGCUAAAUAUGUAGGAGAGUACCUCGAUAGAAUGUACAACCCUUUCAACGUAUGCAUAAUAUCAAUAUAUUGUAUUGUGUUGCUCAAAGUCAUUGUAAUGCCAUAAAGGGAAGAGAAGAUAUAUUAGGAGAGAUAGUAGUCAUGACGUGCACAAUACUUUAGACUCUAUAUAGAAUGAACCAUCAGCAGCAGUAUACAAUAGCUAACAGUGCAGUAGAGUGGUGUGUGAUAAAGACAUGGCUCAGUUGUGGCUGACAGUUGUCAGUGUGAUGGCAAUGGUGUGUGCAGUAGGUGCACAAUACACAGGAUGCAGUGAUGGAAGUGAGUAUAUCAUAUCCCUCAACGAUACUAUCACACCACCUAAUCUAAUCGAGGCAUCAUCAUUCCUAACAGGUCCAUUUUGGGCUCCAGCAAGAAAUGUCCUCCACUUUGGCUACGAUACAGGGGGAAAUCUAUACACAUGGUGUACUCAUUCAGGGUUUACUAAUCUACUAGUAACUAUUAACUUCACUGUUCCGGUGGUAAUUACCAGAUUUCUCUCAAGCGGUUCUACUUACAUACCACUAAUGCUAACUGCCUACACAACCAACUUCACUGUUGAGUACACUCAGAGGAAUUCCAAUGGAGACCUGAACUAUGUCUACUAUAAAACAGAAACAGACAGUAAAAUAAAGUACUUCACACAGAAUAGGUUUCUCAAACAGUUUCAACUCGAAAGCCCAAUUGUCACCGAGUCUCUACGAUUAAGACCUCUCGAAUGGUUUGAUUCUACCGCUAGCCCUAAUCAAUUUGACAUAGUUUGCAUCGGAGUUGCUCUAUUUGGUUGCACAACUACAGAAGCUACAGUUGAGCAAAUGGCCACUACCCAGAGCAGCAACACAGGGGGUACAACUGAUGUGGGGGGUAUAGCCACAGCACAGCCGGUUGUCUUGAGGGACUAUCAAACAUUGGAGAUAGCUCUGCCUAUUGGAAUAAUCACUAUUAUAGUAGUCAUAACAAUGGUGGCAAUAGGGGUGCUCCUGUGUGUCACUAGGGGGCGGAGUCAUCACAAGUACGAGGUACCUCAGACCACACCCCUCAGUCCCACACUCCUACUACUGGACAACUCAGCUCUCUACACUACACCAAGUGAAAUAAGGAGAGAUACCAUUAGGGCUGUUAACAAUGAGCUGUACGGAGAAGACUCCGGAACAAAUAGCUAUACCGUUGCUCAUGACAACCUAGAGGUAAUCUAUUCUGAUUCAGGCUAUGAGCAAGUCUCCACUAGGCAGUCACUUAGUAACAAUCAUCGUGGUAACGUGGAUAACAAUAGUGCGUACGUCCCAGUGAUGUCACAGGAGGGUGAAGGAGAUGCCUCGUAUGUACAGAGGGGGCAUGACUUCACCUUGGAAAGCAAUUAUGAGAACUAUGACAUUGUUCAAGACCGGCAGCACACCGUGAAUAUCCAUGAAGAAACUGCUCACUAACUGUAGAACACAAUCGUUUUGUUGGACAAUACUGAGUGUGUGCAUGCAUGUAUUAAUUAAGCUGUGCUAUACAUGCAACCUUUCCAUGUAUGUGUGCAUAUG